ACACGCCCGACCCGAACGCAGGCUACCAGGGAGUCGAGGACUGGACCGCUCUCCAAGCGGCGAAAGCCGGGGACGCUCUACACCGCUGUCCUGGCUCCCCACCCCCGCCGCCCGCGGCCCUCAAGGCGCCUGCGCCGCCCGGCCUGGACAAGCCCAUUUCUGUGGGCCCUGGGGGGAAGCACAGCGAGUCCACUGAGGCACGGCGCACCCUGCCGAGGGUCUAAGCCACAAGCCGAGCACACAAGCCGGGCUCAAGGAGCCUAAGUGCAAGUCCGCUACUGGUGCACGACUGUACACUUCUAAGAAGAGCGGAGUGGGGUCUCCGCAAGCUUCGCUUCAGUCGCUCCCCCGUGCAGUUCCCUGUGCCCAACACGCUGCCCGAAGCUCGAGCUCCGGUGGGCGGGGCUUGGAGGCAGCGGGAACUGCAAUUGGUAGCUUUGAAGGCGCGGCGGGCGGGAACGGCAGCGGAGGAGUGAGACGGCGGGAGAUGUGGGUCGUGCCAAAGGGAUGGAUGAGACUGUUGCUGAGUUCAUCAAGAGGACCAUCUUGAAAAUCCGCAUGAAUGAACUGCUAACAAUCCUAAAAGCCUGGGACUUUUUGCCUGAAAAUCAACUGCAGACUAUAAAUUUCCGGCAGAGAAAGGAAUCUUUAGUUCAGCACUUGGUUCGGCUGUGUGAGGAAAAGCAUGCAAGUCUCAAUGAUGCUGCCCUGUUAGACAUCAUUUAUACUCAAUUUCAUCAACACCAGAAAAUCUGGGAUGUUUUUCAGAUGAGUAAAGAACCAGGUGAAGAUGUUGACCUUUUUGAUAUGAAACAAUUCAAAAAUUCAUUUAAGAAAAUUCUUCAGAGAGCAUUAAAGAAUGUGACAGUCAGCUUCAGAGAAACUGAGGAGAAUGCAGUCUGGAUUCGAAUUGCCUGGGGAACACAGUACACAAAGCCAAACCAGUACAAACCCACCUAUGUGGUAUACUACUCCCAGACUCCGUACGCCUUCACGUCCUCCUCCAGGCUGAGGUGCAAUGCACCACUUCUGGGUCAGGCACUGACAGUUGCUAGCAAACACCAUCAGAUUGUGAAAAUGGACCUGAGAAGUAGAUAUCUGGAGUCUCUCAAGGCUAUUGUUUUUAAACAGUAUAAUCAGACCUUUGAAACUCACAACUCUACGACACCUCUACAGGAAAGAAACCUUGGACUAGAUAUAAAUAUGGAUUCAAGGAUCAUUCAUGAAAACAUAGCAGAAAAAGAGAGAGUCCAACAAAUAACUCAAAAAACAUUUGGAGAUUAUCCUCAACCACAACUAGAAUUUGCACAAUAUAAGCUUGAAACAAAAUUCAAAAGUGAUUUAAAUGGGAGUAUCUUGGCUGAGAGGGAAGAACCCCUCCGAUGCCUAAUAAAGUUCUCUAGCCCACAUCUUCUGGAAGCAUUGAAAUCCUUAGCACCAGCUGCACUUUUUAGCAGGAUCCAAAAGCUGCUCUGCUCUUCUGGAAGCCCCAGUCAAGGGACCCAGGACUUGAGCAGCUGGCAGAAGGGAUUGUACCUUCUGUAUGUCCCAUUGUAUCUAUGUUAAAAUCAUGAUGUCACAACAUUUAGACAUGGUUAAUCAAAUGUAUGCCCCUCCUUAUAUACAGCUAACUGCUAUAGACUAAUGCAGUCCUCCUUGUUAAAAUGGAUCCCUUGUUACUCAAAUUUGACCAAUCUUGGAAGCACUGAUGUGACUACCCACUUUGUGAGACAUGACACUGUAGAAACAGGUGUUUCUAACUUUAAGGGAGAGAUAACUAGUCUGUGGCCAUCCAACAAGUGAUUUAUCAGCUCUGCUAUCUUGGAUCUUGAUCAAAAGAGGGAAAUGUGAAAUGUGGUACACAAAAUGCAUCACUUUGGUUCAGAGCUCUAAAAUGGAGUUGGGAAGCCAUUCUCAGAAGGACUUGCCUGCACAAUCUGCAACUUGGAAAACACAAAAA